AUGGAGAGGUCUCUUAUCUUCAGGUCUUCUGGCUUCAUUACCGCACCUUAUGGAGAUUACUGGAAGUUCAUGAAGGAGCUCAUGGUCACUAAGUUCCUCGGACCUCAGGCUCUGGAGAGGCUACGAGGCGUCCGUGCAGAUGAGGUAGCGCGGUUUCACUCAAACAUGCUUGAUAAGGCGAUGAACAAGAAGAGUGUUAAUAUCCGUGAGGAAGUAAUGAAGCUAAUUAACAACAGCAUUUGCAAGAUACUCAUGGGGAGGAGUUGUUCAGAGGAUGUAGAGAGAGUGAGGGGCUUAGUGACUGAGACAGAUGCCUUGUCGAAAAAACGUUUAUUGGCGUCCCUCUUGCGCAGGCCACUUGAGAAGCUCCGGAUCCCUUUGUUCAAAAAGGAGAUCAUGGGUGUUUCGUGCAGGUACGAUGAAUUGCUGGAGAGGAUUCUCUUGGAACACGAAGAGAAACUGAAGGAGCAAGGUAUGGAUUUGAUGGAUGUAUUGUUAGAAGCUUAUGGAGACGAAAACGCAGAGUAUAAGAUCACUAGGAACCAUAUCAAGUCCUUGUUCUUUAAUCAAGUGGAUUCGCCAUUGGUUGUCUUGACUAAGUAA